UUUUUUCUAGAAAAUGAUUCGAAGCCUUUCCGUCUAAUUUGCUGGUGUCUUAAUCACAUCCUCCAAGCUGAACGGAACCAUAAUCUUGUAUAAUUCGGCUAUAAGUAAUUUAAUUGCAAUGGCUGCUUCUUCUUCUUCGUUUUCCUCAGAUGCACAUGAGGAAAGCGCAUAUGGAAGUGUAUCAGGGUGGGUAGAGGCUAGAACCCAUUGCCCUCAUCUGCAGGUCCUAAAUUCUGAUCUUCGCCAUAUACCAGCCCUUGACACUCCUUGCAACAGCUGUGACCAUCCUGCAGAAAGCUGGAUUUGCCUUAGCUGUAAAGAGGUUCUAUGCAGCCGUUUCAUUAAUGGCCAUAUGCUUGAGCAUUAUGAAAAAACUGGGCAUUGUCUGGCAAUCAGCUAUAGUGAUCUUUCAGUAUGGUGUUUUUCAUGUGAUGCAUAUUUAGAUGCACAAGUUAUUGCACAACUACGCCCAGCAUAUGAAACUGGACACCUGUUGAAAUUCGGGGUGGAACCUCCACAUCGCUCUGAUCUCAAUGGGAUUGAGCUGUCUUUUGAAUAGUGAAACUUGUUCUAUAGUUAGUAAAGUCUGUUGAAACCAUGGUGAAACAAGUUAUACGAACUAGAGCUUAUUGUUUUAUAGCUGACGUCAUUUGCAGAUUGUACAUAAUUUAUAAAGAAUUUAUGAUAUGGUGGUAAACAUUUCA